AUGGUGCUGGAACUUCACAUAUGGGGUCCAGCAUUUGGCUUGCCGUCACUGGACGCUCAAUGUCUCGCUGCAGUUUAUUAUUUUCAAAAGUCUCUUCCUGCGGGGGCCUGGUCACUCAUUCCCUCGAGUAACCCUCAUGUCAGUCCCCUCGGUGAGCUGCCCGCACUAAGAGAUGGCAAUACGUGGAUCGCUGGCUUCAGCAACAUCGUUGAAUAUCUUCGAAAUACCUCCAAUGGCGACCAUGACCUCGACCGAAGCCUGGAUGAAUCUCAACGGGCCGAUGCCAUCGCAUUCACCUCUUUCCUCGAAUCUCGUGGCCAGCCUCUCCUCGAUCUUAGCCUCUACGUGAGCAGCGACAACUACUUCGCCUCCACCCGACCGGCUCUGGCUGAAAUAUUGCUUUGGCCAGAUAGUUGGUUCCUACCUCAUCUGUUACGAGAUAAAGCUAAGAAGAGAUCGGAACAUCUUGGGUUGAGUAGCCUGGACGUUGAUACAGCACAAGACCAUCAGAGCGAGGAUGUUGGGCUUACUGCACACAUUCCCAAGUCUUUACGAAAACCCCGGCAAACCGUGAGCAGUCUAAUCGGCCGCAAUAUGCAGAAGAAUCGGUUCAGACUCGAUGCUGUGACGGCAGACUUUUUAGAUCCUCUUCUGGAAAAACUCGGGGAAAAGAAUUGGUUGCUUGCUGACACCGUUAGCAGUGUAGAUUGUCUAACAAUCGGCUAUAUUUCGCUUCUCCAAGUCCCUCAGUUGCCCCAAGAGUGGGUGAAGGAGGCUCUGCAAAAGAAGUACGCCAAGUUGGGUCAAUGGGCAUCGGCACAAACGUCCCGAGUGCUUGGUUCUUCCCACGAUGCAGCUUCGCUAGUGAAGCAGAAGAUAGGCGAGAGGAACACAAGCUUGGAGUUGCCGUGGCAGAGUCCACCGGACAGAUCGUCGCAACAAGUCCUGCAUUCAGUCCUGGAAAGCUGCAUUAGCUCUGUGCCAGUCAUCGGAAAUGCAUAUAAAGCCUCCCAAAUCAGCCAUCUCCAGGGCACUGGUGACUUGCACCAGAAGAAGCAGUCGCAAUUGAUGAUGAUCCAACGACGACGGGAAAUCUACGUCCAGGCCCUGGUCACAACUCUUACCACAGUCGGUGUAGUUGGCGUGAUGUUCUACAGAGGGUUACUGCACCUGCCUCGACCAUUUCCCAACCAACGAGGCCGAACCUUUGGGGAAGCUGGUUCUUUUCUUGGACUGGCCUAA